UCUGCUCCCAGUUUGUGGAGAACGGGAUCAAAAACAACAUGGCAUCAAUUACCAAGCAGCUUUCCUCAAUAAACUGUGCAGGAAAGAGAGCCACCCCCUCCUCUACUGUGAUCAGGCUGGUUUUACUGGGGAAGACAGGCAGCGGCAAAAGCUCCACGGCCAACACCAUCUUAGGCCGCAAAGUCUUAGAUUUGAAGGUCAGCAGUGCCUCGGCCGGACAGCGUUGUCACAGGGCAAGUGGAGAAUUUCGCGGGCGACAGCUGCUAAUCCUUGACACCCCAGGGUUGUUUGACACCAAACAGACUCAACAAGAGGUACUGAGGGAGCUGAGGAGGAGCGUUAGCCUGCUUUUCCCUGGGCCCCAUGCCUUCCUCAUCAUCAUUCCGAUUGGGAGGUUCACUCAGGAUGAGAGAGAGGCAGUGCAGCAGAUCAAGAAUGCAAUGGGUUCCCAUGCUUUGAGCUUCUCCGUGGUGAUUUUUACUCAUGGAGACCGUCUGGAAGAGGACACGUCUGUGAAGGAGUGUAUGAUCGACCAAAGCAAGGAACUUGCUGAGCUGGUGGCCGGAUGUGGGGGGAGGUACUGCGUGUUCAACAAUCAGAACCACAAGGACAGGGAACAAGUGACCGAGCUGCUCGGCUUGCUGGAUGGUCUGAUGCAAGGCAACGGCGAAAGCUACUAUAACAGCAAAAUGCUGCAGAAAACAGAGGAAGAUUUGGCUCAUCAGCUGCGGGAGGGGAGGAGGCUGCUGUUUGAGAAAGAUGAACUCUUAAGAAAGAAGCACAUGGAAGCUGUGAAAGUGAGGUAUGAGAAGGAGCUGGAGAAAGUUCAUCAGAAAACCCAGGCCGAGCUGGUGGAGCUGAAGAAAAAACAGGAGCUGGAGAAGGAGAAAGAGGAGAAGCUGGCAAAAGAUCGCGAGGAAGCUUUGAAGCGAGACAUAGAGGUCAAGAAGUCACAGGAAGUAGCAAAACUGAUGGAGAUAGAAAAGAAGAAGAGAGAAGCUCUCCAAGAAAGACUCGACAGAGUGAAUAAAAUGUUAGACGAUCAACUGAAGCACGAGGAAAAGAUGAAACAGUCGAUGGAGGAGAAGAUCCAAAGAAACAAAGAGGAGUACAGAAAGAAAGAGAAGGAGAUGGAGCUUCAGUGGAAACAGAUAGAGCAAGCCAUCAGACAGAGAGAACAAAUGGAGCGAGAUGUGUUGCAGAAAGAGCUGGACAACCUCAUCCUGAGCCUGGAGGUGCUGGGCAGGAACGAGGAGGACAGGAAGAAGGAAAUCGAGGACAAGCUGCGACGAGAAAGGGAGGACAAUAAGAGGGAAAUCGCCGUGCAAAUGGAGCAGCUGAGAGCCGAGAAACGGAAAACGGAGGCUCUGAAGCAAGAGUUAAGACUGAUGGAGGCCAAGAUGGAGCAGCAAAAAUGGAAUGAAGAAAACCUCAAGAGGCUGCUGCAGGAGAGUCUGCAAAACGAGAGGGAACGGUUUGACAGCCACAUGUUCCUGUUGAGGGAUCAGUGUGGGGAGAUAUGUGCAUUUAAUGGGCAGAUUUCUGUGGAGAAGAGCUGCACUGGGAUGAAUGUGACUGGAUACGUGCAGGAGAUGGGGCUGCUGGGGCUGAACAUGGCUCUGGAGAAGAUAGGAUCUCCGUGCUGCAUUCAAUGACAUCAUGGGAAUUCUUCUGAAUGUAAAUUUUUCUUCAGUGCCAACAAGUGGAGUCGUGAUUUCAUCCUAAAUUUAUAAACAUUUCGUAAGCCAGGAAAAAAGAGAAAAUGUUAAAGUUUUUUUUUAAAUCAUUUUAUUUGUAACAGAGAAGUAAUUCCUGUGCAUGGCCUAAAUAAACAAAUGCACAAAUUCUCUCAAUGAUGAUGGAAGUAAUCUGAUAAUCAUCUCCCUGCCCUCUGUCCUGUACGGCCGACUCUGCCUCUAUCAUCUAAAUCUCUACUGUAAACUAAACCCUGUUGUCAUGAAUAAAGAGGAAUUACGGCUGGAG